UCAAGUAUCUAAGGUCAUUUAAUAAAGCAGUUGUCUUCAGUCAGUUAUAUUCAAUGCAUGAAUGUCACACAGUCAGAAUGAAGGUAUACAUCUGUUUAUUACUGUUGGUAAAUUUGGACUCUAUCAACACUUUCUUACAACAGAAUCGACAAAGCACGAGAACAAGAGGUUUUGACUCAUAUGUGGGUCCAACUUCAUCCCCUUAUAUGGAACCUUUCUCCGGUGGAUUUGGGCAAGGUAGUCCGCUAAUGGGAAUGUUACCAUUUAUGAUGGCAGAUAUUGAUUAUGCAGAUCAAAUGUCGUCAAGGGCGGACGCGAAAGCAGCUAGACAAGAGGCAAUGCAAGGACAGCAAGAAUCAAUGGCAAUCAAAGUAGGACAACCGGGCAAUAAAAACCCGAUAAACAGGUUGAAUAGAAAUAAUGCAUAUCAAAGAGGAAAUCCUUCCGAUCCAUAUGUUCAACGACAAUCGAUGCGUCAAUCUGAUCCCUAUCCACAACGACAAUCGAUGCGUCAAUCUGAUCCCUAUCCACAACAACAAUCGAUGAUUCAAUCUGAUCCCUAUCCACAACGUCGAUUAGAAGGCAAUCAAAACCCUUAUUUUCAAGAAAGAUCAGGUCAGACAAUUGCUACAGAGCAAGGUUCGUUGUUCGGACUGAAACAAAACAUUGGGAAGAUGUCUUCUGAAAGCAAAAAAAAUUCUUCAACCCCUACAAAAUGGGUUUUUAAACAAUCCCAAACUCAAACUAAACCCUUAAAACCGACACCGAUAUCUAAACGGAGUUCCGGAUUGUUGCCACAACAGGAAGCAAACAGACUCAGAUUGUCCCAAGUUUUGAGUUCGUCAAAUCGUCAACAGUUUAAAGACAUUGCAAACAGUGCUAUUUCGAAGAAUGAACUUACAACUACAAACAAUAAAUAUAAUAAUUACAAUUCACGUAAACCUUCAAGAUUUGACCGAAAACCUCCUCCACGGAAACAAAGAAUAGAUCCUGAUUUAAUGUCGGAUAUGAUGGACAUGGCGGCCGAUUUGGGAUUAGCUAGUAUGUUUAUGCCACCGAUGUCCAGGCGAGGUGCUAGAUGUGACUUAUCUUCUGUAAAAACAUUGAUUGAAUAUCUGAUGACUGGAAAGAUGUGCGGUACAAAGUCUCACGGGAUGAGAUUUGGUCUAGGUCGGAGAUAAAUAAUUUCCUUUGAAAACAAACUUUGGACUUAAAAUGAAAAGCAUUUUUGUGCAAUUCUACCACACAAAAACCAAAAUAAUAAUGUGAUUAAUAGAACAUGAUAUGUUUAUCUUAUAAACGUUAAAUCAUCCUUUUUCUGGUUCAAACAAAGACAUUAAACUAUAGUAAACUAUCAAACUUCCUAUGAUUAUAUACAGGUGAAAAUUACUCACAGAUCGAAAUAGUUUAACAAUAGUGCUGAUUUGUAUAUUGUUGGUCUAAUUCUAGACCAAGUCUGAUGUAAAAUUGCAUUUUCUUGUGACGUUUUUGUUUACAUGUGAUGUUUUGUCUACUCUCUUUUUAUCCUUUCGACUCUUUUUCUUUCUUCUGUAAAAAGAUUCCCCAAAACACAUUUUCACUGUGCCAUAUGAGUGUUUAUUUCGGUUUUUGUGUUUUUGUAAAACGUUAAUGUUAAAAAAAAAGAGAAAAAUGAAAACCAAUGAAUCUAUUUAAGAGUCAAGAAAACUAUACUUAUCUGGCAUUUAUAUAACGUAAAAAUAAAUUACUGUGUUAUGUACUGAUCCUACAUUACCAGAGUCUACAGAGUUCCUUCAUUAUGUACUGAUCCUUCAUUGCCAGUGUCUACAAAGUGCCUUCAUUAUGUACUGAUCCUUCAUUGCCAGAGUCUACAAAGUUCCUUCUGACCACCUAAAAACAUUUUGUACAUCAGAAGUAGCGAUUCCAUACACUCACUAACAUACAUGCAUUAUGUAAUGACAUAUAUGGUUGGUAUAGUUAUCAAAGAUAUUGUUCGAGAUACAGGAUCAAUUGUGGACACAGUAUAUAUGUGUUUCAAUCAGAUUGUGUAAUUAUAAAUUGCUAGUUAAAAUACCAACUUGAAUGUUUAGUUACAGAAAGCCACAUGUAAUACAGUGUUAAUAUAUACCUCUUUAAACAUGUUAAACACAACAUGGAAUAGUUUGUUUCACAUGAAAUUAAACUCAUCAUAUAUCUUGAAAGCUUCGGUCAUCUGCAAGAUUUGGUUAACCAUGUAAUAAGAUUUUUGUCAAUGGUAUAAUGGUGUCUAGCUGAUAGCAAUACUGUUCUUAGUGAAAAGUAUAUCGUAAAAUUAAUAGUAUAUUGUAAAUAAGUAUAUUUAAGUUAAUUGUUUAUUAAAUCAUGUUCAAUAUAA